AUGAGUUUUGAUGAUGUAUUAAUUGUUGUUUCAUUAACCGGAACUUAUUUAUAUACAAUUUUUAGUGCUUUCGCAUUACUUAAUAACAAGAAUCGAACAACAUGGAUUGCUUAUCUUAAAAUAGCAAUCGUUGUUUUAGAAUUUAUUGAAGCAACUGUUCAUGCAUUUUUCAUUCUGGUUGCAUUACGUAAACGUCUUAGUCGAUUAAGUAGACAUCAAUAUCCAGCACGUGAAGUUAUAACAUUACUUAUAAUGCUUGAUCUUAGUUUAUGGUUUGAAGAAACAACAACAACAACAAAACAUGAAGCUAAUCCAUUUCAAUUAGCUUUUUAUCAUACUAUUCCAUGGUCAAUUAUAGCUGCUAUUGCAACACCGCUUCAGAUUUUUUUUCGUUUUCAUGCAUCUGUAUGUCUGUCACAUGUUUGGGAAAAUAUGUAUAUCUUACCAGCCUUCGAGCCUGUUGCUCCUCAUGGUUUAUGA